AUGAAUCAAAUCGAUGAUUCACCACCACCACCAACAGAAGAUGAAUUAAGAAGAAUAAGAAGUUCAAAAUCUAACAACCGUGUUACUACUACUUUUAUUGAUCAAUAUUUAGAUAACAGACCUUAUAAGAUAAAGAAUGUAAAACAACUGAAAUUCGGUAGUAAUUUCAGUCGUGAUAUAAUUAAGGGAUACAUCCCGGAGGGCACAGAGGAGAUAAAGUUUAGAGAUACCGUCGGGCUUGCUACCGCGGACUAUCACCAAGCUGAAACUAGGUGGAUUCAACCAUGA